AUGCGAGCCUCGGUUUCCACUUUGAUCUGUGCAUAUGCACUCUGUUUCGCGCCGACCCGUGCCACGCUACCCUCGAAGCGCGGACUGGCAUACACCGGCAGCGAUGACCAAGCAGACACGAGACUACUGCUCUCAGCCCAGUCUCCUAUAUCUUGGUACUACACAUGGUCGCUCUACCAAGCACAAUCAGCCAAUGACUCCGUCGCCUUCUUGCCGUUGAUACAUAACACUGACGACGCAUCAAACUCGGAUCUUACUACCAUCCUUGACCGACUACCAAGCUCAUCAACCCACCUGCUCACCUUCAACGAACCCGAUGGCACCACCGAUUCGGGCGGCAGCUCAAUCGAGCCCGAGGACGCCGCGAAGUCUUACUUGAACCACAUCGCACCCCUGAGAUCAUCUGAUUCCCGGCAGUGGAACAUCAGCCACCCGAGUGUGACCGGGUCGGGCCAGGGUCUGAACUGGUUGCAGCGAUUCAACUCGUCGUGCUACGAACUCGAUGACGCCGGAUGCCCAAUGGAUUUCGUGGCCGUGCAUUGGUAUGGAGACUUCGCCGGGCUUGCGUCCUGGCUAGGGACGUUGCAUGAGUUCUACACUGAAAACUCGACCACGAACGCCGACCUCAAAUUCUGGAUCACGGAGAUGGCGCUACCGCAGCAGGACGAAGAUGCCACCGUCGCCAUGAUGAAUCAGAGUCUCGCGUAUCUGGACGACCUAGACUACGUGGAGGGCUACGCUUGGUUUGGUGCCUUCAGAUCAGACAGCGCCAACGAGUGGACAGGCGACGCUGUGUCUUUGUUUGAUGAUCACGGUGGCCUGACCGAGCUCGGAUCCUUGUAUCUUGGCGGUGAGCAGAACGGCUUUGCAGAGGGGACUAAGGGAGAGGGAAAUUCUGCCGCGGUUCCGAGCACGUCUAUGUCUACUUGCUCUUUGAUAUUGACUGGCCUGGCUAUGACCUUAUUGCUCUGGUGA